AUGUUUGCUAAGAUUGCAGCAAUUUCCCUGUUAGUAGCCGCUGCUAAUGGACUUGCAAUUUCGGUAGCAGGCGGUGGACUAAAUCUUGGAAAUGGUCUCCUUAAUGACGAUCUCCUCGACCAUGGACUCUCUAUUUCACAGUCACCCAUAACCAUUGCCCACCAACCCUUAACUAUUGCUCACCAGCCAAUAGCUAUUAGCCAGCCACUCGCCAUUGCUCAUCAACCUCUUGCCAUCGCUCAUCAACCUAUUGCCAUUGCUCAUCAGCCUGCAGUAGAUCUUCAUGCACCAGCGAACUACCAAUUCAAAUAUGGCGUGCACGAUCCUCACACAGGAGACAACAAGCAACAAUCGGAAUCUCGAGUUGGCGAUACAGUUAAAGGGGAAUACUCCUUGGCAGAACCUGAUGGUACGAUCCGAGUUGUGAAAUAUACCGCGGAUCCGCAUAAUGGUUUUAACGCUGUUGUGAGUAGAGUGGGACACGCAGCCCAUCCGCAAAUCCUUCGUAAAUCCGUGGCUGUUGCUGCUCCAACGUUGGUUUCUGCUCAUGGAUUGGGUUUGGAUUUGAGACUGCAUUAA